AUGAUGAAGGCUCUUGCACUUCUAGCAAUUGCCAGCGCAGCUGAUGUAUCAAAAGUAGAUCGUAGUACAAUUCAAGAAAGUUUGAAUAAAAUGGACAAAGGCAGUCUGUUGCGAAAGGCUCGAGUGCUUCGAAAUCAACAAUAUUACAACGGAUCGAACCAAGGAGGCAGCUACCAAUAUGCCAGACAAGAUUUGAAUGGCAUUGACGUGGAUUCUUCGUUGCUUAUUGAAUUUGAAGAAUGUACUUCACUGACGAUACUGAACGAUGAAGUAAUGGCGGGAAUGGAGAAGGGCAGCAUAUUCAAGGCAUCAAAAGAUUUUGUAAUUUUCAGCGCUACAAACCACAACAAGUAUGCAAAGAAGCAGUUUGCCAUUGACAUUCCCACAUUUGUCUCCAGUAUGGCUGAAACCAUUCUGUCAGAUAACUACAACUUUUGCCAGGCAUGUGCCCAAGCCCAGUACUAUUGCGGCUACAUGCACGCUGAUAAGAAUUCCUAUGCUAGUAACGGGCAACAAAAUUCAAAUUCUGAGCAACAGAAUCCUUAUCGUCAGCCCGAAAACAAUAGCAACCAAAACGAGAACUAUUCUGCACAAGAUAGGUAUGAUAUGUAUCGUCACUACAACAAUGGGGGAGGACAAAGCAAUGGCAGUCACCAAUCCAAUCAGAAGUCUUACAGACAGCAGUAUGGAGACUAUCGGAUGAAUGGAGGGAACCGCAAUCUACAUCAAGGGCGCCUGAGAGAGACAGUUGAUUGCGAAACUUGUCAGAGCGUGUGCGCCGAGCAAAGCAGCACGUACACCCAAGACACCAACAAUUAUGACAACGACCAAGGGGAGUAUACCAACUAUCAGGCUAUUGAAUGGUUGCGAGGACUUUCUAAAUGCGAGCAAGUGAACUAUGGCAAUUACUACAACAUGAACGGCCAGAAUGGCAAUGGUAGCAAACAAAAGCAACAACAGAAGCAAACAUAUAGCCAAAUAUACAACGAGUUGUACGCGGGUCUCAUGUGCAAUGCGGAUGGCACUGGAAUUGAAGUUGGCAUCUUCAUGGAUGAGGAAUGUUCUGUUUGGAACCCAUCCAAAUCUUUCAUGAGCAUCUUGGUUGAAGGCACACUGCCAUACUUUUACUACACCAAAACGAAGAACCUUGUCCAGUUUAUUUUCACAAAGCAGAUUGGCUGUGGCGAGACAGAGUACACGGUCCCCUACGGCGACGAAGGGUACGACAACGGGCAAAAUUACAACAGCUACGAAUAUGAUAAGUAUGGUUAUUCGCAGGCGAAUGACGGCUGCCAAUACCUCUUUGAAGGAAGUGUUCUCAAUAUUGGAGGAACAUGUGCAAAUACAGCCACCGACGACGACGGUAACUACGCAUCACAGGAUGUCAUCACACAGGAUGGCAAAUAUACAUAUUUCAGUUCUUCUGGAUGGUCAACAUAUCAAUAUGAUAUAAGUGACCAGGACAGCGAUUAUCAAGUGUGCACUGCGAUUCAGAAUCAAGUGGACAAUGGAGACACGCAUACAACUAGUACUCAGUCCAAGAAAGACAAUCUAUACACGUACAACACAAGAACGACAUCCUUGCUUGACGGCUCUAACUUGACUGGCGAAGAUUUAUUCCUCAUCAUUUUUGGUGUCAUUCUGGCAAUUGUUAUACUUUAUUUUAUCCGCAAGAGAUACUUGCGUCAGCAAAACGGCAGGACAGAGCCACUCAUCAGCCUUGGACACGACAUGUCAUGA